CUUCCUCAUCUUUACGAUUUACAUGCAGCCGCCCUAAUAAUGCAGCGGAAAGGUCAACCUAUCAUGAUCCUUACUUGUCAACACGACUCGCAUUAUUUUGAGGAGAGGACUAUCGUGGUCAAUGAUAUCAUCAAAGUUGGCCGCGCUGUUGCCCGUUCAAAGGCGUCACCGAACAAUGCUAUUUUUGAUUGUAAAGUGCUUUCCCGAAAUCACGCUGUUAUUUGGUUCAGCUCGGAUGAGUUUUGGCUGCGGGACACAAAUAGUAGCAAUGGCACCUUUGUAAACAAUACUCGGGUCUCCAAACGUGAUGAUAGCGACUAUUGCGAUCGCCAGAUAUAUUCUGGCGAUGUAAUCCGCUUUGGUGUGGAUGUAGUUGAACAUGAUACAACGCAUGGCUGCAUUAUCGCUAGCGUCACCCUAAUCCUGCCGAACGGUCAAGAGGCAAAGCCGAAGCUUGGUCACACUGGCGAUGCUCUUCCUAGUGGCCUCAUAUCAAUAAACAAUGAACAGAUGUUUCAGAUCUCCUGCUUCCUCAACGAUGCGAUAUUCCGCGAACAAGCUCUUGAUAAAAAGCUAGAAACGCUCCGUCAGGCCUUACAUCAAGCUACCCUAGCUUCAGAGUUAGGCUGGCAGGCUAUGCUCAAUGAGGAGAAGCUGUUACAGAAGUUCGAUCUCUAUGAAAGUCAGAUGCGAUUGUUUAAAGAGGAGCUUUCUGAAAACUCCCUCAAAAUGAGGUUGAGUGAUCUACUGGAGGAGAAAAAUUUUCAAGAGUCGGAAAGCAAAACUCAACUGACUAAGCUUAUCAAGGAUAAGGAGAUUGCCCUGCAGCGUAUCAAAGAUCUUGAGCGAACAAUCGAGGAUCUAGAGCACGAGUGCACACAUCUACGCAAUGAAUAUACCUCUGCUCAGGAUGCCUGUAGUAAUAUUUCUGAUGAAUAUAAGGCAAAUUUGUCCACGAUUUCGCAGCGUCUUAAUGAUUUAACUACCGAGCGCAAUCAGUUGAACGAGCAACUUCAACACGCUUCUCGGGAAAACAGCGCUUUGAAGGAGCAAUUGGAGCGCGUUUCUCAUGAAUUAGCUGUGACCAAAGAGUUGUACGAGCAGGUCCAAUCGAAAAGCUCCUCUGGACUCGUCAAUGGUCUACCGUAUGUGGAUGAUCCUGAUAAAGAUUCAAGUGCGUCGCCGAAUUUGAAGGACGUGAAGGCUGUGGUUGAUUCACCAAAGGCCACUGAUAAUGCUAUUUCGCGAAAUCCGCCAGUUGAUCAAGUCAGCGGUGACGAAAUAAUGAUGGGAUCAGGCAAGCUGGAAGCCAACGAAUACAUUUCUGACAGCAUUCGCGAUUUUCACCGAGCUCUAGAACUAAUACGUGUUCUGGAUGCUUGCGCGACGACUUUUAAUAUUUCACUUCUUGUCUUAGCUAAAGUAUCAUCCCUUGCGGUAACAACCGAUUUGGAUGAAAAGAGGUGCGAAGGGAACUUUGAGACGAUUACCGACGCAGCUGGUGUGGACUCCAUCAGCGAUGGUUCAGCCCUCUCAUCUUCGAUCGACUCUUUGGUCAAGCGCAUCGUAAGGCAUAACGAGGCCGCUAUGACUAAUCUCCACGCCUACUUGCUACGAGUUAACCCCUCCGCUGCCGCUGAACUGAAUAAGAUCUCAUAUCGGUCUCAUUUCAUCCCUACAGUGGAUCUCAGCAAUUCCGGUGUCGAUGAUGGCUCUGACGCUCCCCUGGCCAACAUUGAGGCUAAGGCGUUCAAGCGACCCGAUGUCUUGACGCUGCACAAUCUCGUCGACAAAGCUGUCGAAGCGGUGGCGUCAUCGGCCUGCGAUGGGGGUGUCACGGUCGUUGGUGCCGAUUCUCUCAGCGCUUCUCCAACUGUUUCUAGUGGCAAUGGGUCUCUAUCCUUUUCAUUGUCGCCUGAUGCGGAGGAAGUCGCACAUCUACGUGGAUGGAAUAAGACGGCAUUAACAGCGGUGAGUGGAACUGAUGACCCCAGGAAAGCUACGUCUGAACAUGAUCUAGAGGAGAUGCACGCAGAGUGUUGCGUCCUUCGUGCACGUCUCGGUGACAUAGAAGAUCAAAUGGAACAGACACGCGAGAAUCACCGCAAACUGGUAGAGGAAGCGCGACUACAUCGUAUCGAGGUCGAACAGCUGCGCUCCCAGCGGGCUGAGCUCGAGGCGGCGCUGGUUGAGUCGCAAGCGCAGAUCACCAAGCUGCACCAGCAGGCUCGUGAUCACCAUCACCCACGUGCCCCUACUUCAUCGGCUUCCAAUAACCAUUUGUCGCCCACUACUCCUUACGUAGCGGAUACGCCUGUCCAUACCGAUCGACUCGAGCUGGUUCCUGGACGCCUGGUAACGGCAUCCUCCCUAACCGUAAUUCCACUCAUGCUGCUGGUGUUUGCUGUAAUGUUUGCGAUCUUCUCCAAGUUCGUUAGUUAG